AUGUCGAGGUUUGAUGCAGAAAGCUUCUCCAUCAAUUUCUUCUUUCUUAGAAAGGCAGAUAAUCUUGCAAUAUUUGUAGAAUUCUCAUGUUUAAGGGAAGCGCGGGCACAGUGUAGCUCAUCGGACAUACGGAUCACGCAGACGGGGACGGGGCAGGUGAUCCAAGGGAAGCCCGAGUGGAAGGUGAGCGUCGAGAAAGAAUGCAGCUGCAACGCGUACGGGCUGAACCUGGUCUGCACUGGGUUCCAGACGGUCGAGCCCAUCGAUCCCGCACUCUUCCGUGUGAGCCCAAGCAACCCCAGCUUCUGCGUCGUCUUCAACGGCUUGCCCCUCCCUCCUUCCCCUGGCGGCGUCACCUUCACCUACGCUUGGGACACGCAAUACCACUUCGCCCUCGCCUCUGUGCUCUUCAAAUGCGCCUAG